AUGGAAGGGCGUGCUUCUGGCCCCGCCGGUGAUUUUGUCAUUGCAAAUGCUCUUCCUGUCUUGCUUCUUCCUGCACUCAUUAUCUUGAUUAUUUACCUUGUCGCCCCCCGUAUCGAGGUUCGUUUCAUCACUAUGGAUGGAGCCCCAAAGCUGUCCGAGUCCCUGUCUGAGUCCGACAGCACCCUUCGCUCUGAGAUGGGCACGCUGACUUCAUCGAAGAGUGUUGUGUCUCCUACCCCAAAGCCACGCCACGUUUCGAAUAUUCUGGACAGCCAUCUGGACGACAUCGACGUGCCUAUCCUGCAGCCGGAGCCUACAAAACGAGUGCCCGUUGGCAGGAAGACAAAGGAGUUAGAGGAUUGUGCUGGUAAGCUUCAGAUGGCAAAUUCUGCUGCGCUGCUGGACGACGCACUCGAUAACCUCAUGAUUCCGGUCCUGGAGCCCAAACGAGUAAGUCCCGUCAUGUUUAUUGCUUCACCUACCAAAUUAUCCCCGAAAGACUUGGCUAACGCGUUUUGUCUUCCCCUCGGAAAGAAAAUGGCCAGAGCAGUCGUCAGUUCAGAUGGUAGCGGACUCCCGAAGGUCAUUCCAUGGGAUGGGACAAUCCACUGGGCACUGAAAGGGUGCAGUGUCUUUGAUAACUAUAUGGAGGAGCGCCAAGCCUUUACCUAUCGCCCCAACAUCCUUUCGCAGCAGCCCGUGAAUGGCCUCUGGAUGUUCCAGUAUGGUGUGCGAUACAUCCCGUCCGUCAGAGAGACCAACUGCUACCGGACGGUACGCAUCGAAGACCUCCCUGCCAGUAUGACACUCAACCAGGUACUGGCUGCCAUCCAGGGAGAGAUUUAUUGCGCUCGUCUCCUGAACACUCAGCCCAUCACUGGCUCUAACACUGCGAUCAUCACGUUCAUUUUCCAGGUAGAGGCUAUCCGAUUCCUGAAGGCAUCGAAGCAGGGUCUGCAAUUGGGACUUGUUGCAGCCAAGGUGAUUCCUGUGCACACCCCAACCUAUCCAAUACCUGCAGAUAUGGAGCGUAUGAUCUUUAAGGAGGGGUAUAGACGCUGCCUCUGCGUUUCUGGUGAGCGUGGAAUUCGCAAGGAGGUCAUCUCCCAAUUUCUGAUGAACUCUCCGCAUGCCAAUUUCAUCGAAAGUGUUCAGAAUGGCCACGUCUCUGACGAAGUUCACAUUCAUUUCCAUUCGGUUAAAACCGCAGCGGCAGCCUACACUCUUCUGAAAGGCCACCCGAUCUUCUUUGACUACAAAUUUCGAUUUUUGAGACCACUUCGCUUGUUGAAGCCAGCACCACUUCGGAGCCAAUCUCCAGCUGGACAGCCCAGAAAAAACCCUCGGAUCGGGAUUUGA